AUGCCUCACCCUUCGCAGCUCAUCUUCCCCCCGCCCCCCGGCACUGAUCCCGCUCUUCUCUACUUUGGCGGUUGGCCCGAGAUCACCUACCGCACCACCCUCGAGUCCGGCGACCUCACUUCCGACUCGGACGACGAGCUUGAGCCCCUUCUCGGCCUCAGCAACAGCGAGAUCAUGGCCUACGGCGAUCAGCAGGGCGCCACCGCUGGUGGCACCGCCGGCCAGAGCAGCCUUCAGAACCGCAUGUGCCCCAACAUGCGUACUUGCUGGGCCUUCUCCUGGGAGUCGUACAACCUCAAGACCUCCGACAAGGCUGUGCUCCUUCGUCGCAUUUGCAUGAUCAUCAUUCUCGGCAUCCGCACGGCCAUCUCCAUUGUCGGCAUCGUCCACGACGUUACCAACGCCCAAAUCGUCAGUCUGAUUAUUGACAUUAUUCUCGGAAUCUUGGGCUUCCUCUUCAUCGCCUGGGCCCUUGCCGUCAUUGGCCAGGCCGAGGGUCGUCGCAAGGUUUUGGGCGUUGUGGUCGGUCGCUGGCACUUUGACAUCUUCCUACUCGUCACCGCCUUCAUCCACGCCGCCAUUCUCGUCGGUAGCAUUAUCGGCUUUGGUAGCGGCGGUCGCUAUGCCACCUGGCUCAUCAUGUGGCUUCUCAUUUUCGGCGUCGCCUGGGUCGCCACCUGGCCCCCUGAGGCCGAGAGCUACGCCUAG